GUCGCGCAUCCUCCAAGUUCAGCGCUGAGUCAGCCUCGGACGCACCGUGCGCACAGAAGCCAAACAGAAGCCUGCGCUUGAGGCCAUCCAUCUGACAUAGAUACCCUGGGUGCAGGCGCCGACGCGCAUAUAUAGACCUGACAACGACACUAGGUUUGGGAACUCAGACUCACAGGCCCACGACCACAGAACGAUGGCGCCGCAACCCCUCUACGUCUUCACCGCGCCGUACAGGCAAGAGGCGAUGGACCGCCGCAACCUGCACCGCCCAGGGCACGUCGCUCGGCUCAUGUCCUUGUGGACCGACGGGACUGUCCAGAUCGGGGGGCCGAUGCUCACAGAGGACUCGAACCCCUUCGCGCCGCCGGAGGAGCACAAGGCAUACGGCUCGUUUAUCAUGUUCCGCGCGGAGAGCAUCGAGAAGGUCCGGGAGAUCGUCGAGGCGGACUUGUUCUAUAAGGAAGACGUCUGGGUGAAGGAAGAGAUCCGCAUCAACCCUAUCUUGGGUGCGGGUCCUGCUCUGCAGUGAAUCUAAAUUUGAAGCGAUGUACGAUUGCCUUUGAAGUGUAUCUAUGGCUGGUACAAGUGUAUCG